UUAUAUUCCAAAGACUUUUGUACCAGUAUUGAACCUAGUGCGCCAUUUAGUAGACACAAAAUGAUGGACAGGCAGCGUCUCUGGAGCGAAGGAAUGUGUAACGUUUCGGGUCGAGGUCCUUCUUCGGACCGAGAGGCAGGAGAGGGAGUCCAGCAUGUUGUCACUGUCUCCAGAGUCCAGAGAUAUGGAAAGGGUGAGGUAUAAAAACGACAGAUCAAAGCAGAUAAGGCUUACGUCUGUUUUGGCUUGAAUAAAUAACAAAUCAAACCCAUGUCGGAGAGGAAUUGACAUCUGCACUAAGGCAAUCGAGCUGAUCUUUGGUCUGAAGAAGGGUUUCGGCCCGAAACGUCGCCUAUUUCCUUCGCUCCAUAGAUGCUGCUGCACCCGCUGAGUUUCUCCAGCAUUUUUGUGUACCUAAGGAACGUAAAGAGCAGCUGCAUCACUUUGGCUACAGCAGGAAUUGCAUUGAAUAGAACUACCCCACUAAAUGUUGAAAUAUGUCAUCAAAAGCAGUGGAAAACAUCGCAAACUUCAGGCAACUCUGCUUGGGCACAGCCAAGAUCUACCGCUGUUCCUUCCCAGAAAGGGCGACAGAGAAAGAUGUGAAAUACCUGAAGGAAACUCUGGGAAUCAAACUGAUCAUUGACUUUCGUGAACCCAAUGAAGAGGGUGACGCACCAUGUCUUAGAGACACCUACAAAAGAGUUGUUGUCCGCGAAGUGGAACUUGAAAACAUGAAAGCAAAUGGCACCACAGGGCAGUUUCUGAUAAAGGACAUGCCUCAUGUGCACUUAGCCCUUGGUUUUGUUUCCAAGAAGUAUUUUCGUCUUUUGACAGAUGAUCAUAAGAAAGACCUGGUAGAGAGUUGUUCUCAGACCCCGAAGAAUAUCAUGCAAAAUAUAGCGAAACGGGGUUUAAAGCAGAUGUACAAGGAUUUCAUUGACACCUCACAGACCUUCAUCUAUACAAUGCUGAAGUUGCUGAGUGAUCCGAACAAUGUCCCUGCUCUGAUCCAUUGCACGGCUGGGAAAGAUCGGACUGGGAUCGCCUCUGCCCUGAUUCAGUCCUGCAUGGGCUUUUCAAAGGAGUGUGUUAUCGAUGACUAUGAAGCCACCACAGAAGGCAUAAAGCCCAUUUAUGAUGAAAUCCGCAAACAUUACAAUGGAGUACAGGGAAUGGCUGAAGAGUUUUUGACCAGUGAACGAGAAACAAUGGCAUCAACUCUGGCCUACAUUGAUGAAAUGCAUGGAUCUGUGCAAGAAUAUUUGAUCAAAUGUGGAUUCAAUAGCCAGGAGCAAGAGAAGCUGAAGAGAAAUAUAAUAAUCACAAAUCCUCAGCAGCAGCAGCAGCAGGAGCAGCAGCAGUGUAUGUAGGAUCAAUCAGCUCAAGGAAUGAUUUGCAAGCCACAAUGUUGUUAUGGUUGAUUCAGAUAAGGCUUUAACUUUGACCACAAGUUUGUGACUAAGUGGCAUUGGUUAUUUUCUCUGCAUCAUAUCCAUCCUUUAUUUGACUACUAUAAACUCUGUUAGUGUGAUGCCUUUUACUGCAUAGAUUUGAUCCACCAGUUUGGGAUAGCUGCCAUUACAAAAAAUAUAUAUUGUUUUCUGCAGCAUGAUGACACUAAACUCUGUAGUUUGUAAUCCAAAAAAAACUCAGGGCGAAUAGUAAAGUCUAGAUUAAACAUCCUUCAUGUCAAUGCACAUUGUGAUUUAACAUGCAAAAUCCCUUCUUAAAAUCAUUUGGGAGAUUAACUAACAAGUGUUCAGGAGCGACUUGUGUGAAACUUGUUGCUUGUCUCAUUUUCUGUGUAGCUUUAGUCAUUCCCAUAAAUCAUUAAUAAGAAGUUUACAAUCUACGCAAUUAAUUUGCCUUUUUUAUUUUAUCAAGGACUGUUUGCAGAGCUUAUUAUAAACACAUUCAUGCUGAAAUAAACUUUGGUUUUUCAACCUGU